UCUCGGCUGUUGUGUUGCGUUUUUUUUUUUUUUUUUUUUUGUUCCUCUUCUUCUUUUAUUAUUACAGAUUUAAUAAAGACGGGACUAGCAGUGAGGCAAGUCAUGAAACAUUUAUUAGCCGGCUCUAAUUAAAUUGUUGUUUGAGAUGCAGGGAGCCGGGCGAGGGAGAUUAUCGGAUAUUAUGCAAAGCAGCAAUAUAACUACGCAAAGCGGGGAGGAAAAAAAUAUAUUCUCCUAUUCUUCCAAGAAAAACUGCGGCGGUGGAGCAGGGAGGGGAGGGCGAUCAACGAUUGAGAACUGAAUCUACACAGACGCGAUAGUAAUCGCUACAGAGAAACCAAAAGACAAACGAGCAAACAGGAAUAAACAACCAAAUAUUGAAUUAAAGUAUACUGGAACUAGGGGUGUGCUGAUACUCAUACUCGCAAUUACCUUUGAGAUAUUUAUCAUUUAUCAUUUAUGUGUUGAUUUCAAGCAAAAGCUGUCCUUCCCUCACCUUUACAAUUGAGUACCAAUCAACGGCAAUUAACUAACACAGUGAGUGUUUUAAAAGCCGAUUGCAAGUGAACUGUCCUCUCAUCCGGGGCGCUGAUGUUUUUACUGCCGUACGGCCGUACCGAGGCCUUAAACGGAUAAUGAAAAUGUCAUUGAAUGCAUUUAUUGAAUACCUGUCGAUAAAUACUGCUUAUAGGGAACUAUGGGCACUGUCAUGAGUACUGUGAACAGGGUAUCCUUUUGAAUGUUGAGAAAUCCUUUGGGGUUGAUUUCUCAUAAGUUGUUUAUAGAAAACAGGUGGGAAUCAAUCACAAAAUACAGCACUUGCGUUAUAUAGCGCCUUUCUAUGGCGGCAUUCAAACAAACAUUCCCAAGACAUGCUUUAUACAUGUUUUUAAUUGUUACUUUGAGAUGAAGUGUUAUGCCUGACGUUGAAUUCACUUACUUACAAAACAAGAUAACUUUAGCCAAGGGUCAGUCUUGGGUCCUCUCCUGUUCUCUCUCUACACCCGCUCCCUGGGCCCCCUCAUCGCAUCCUAUGGUUUCUCAUACCAUUUCUAUGCUGAUGAUGCUCAGAUUUUCCUCUCCUUCCCCACCUCUGACUCCACCAUCUCCUCCCGUAUCUCUACCUGUCUGUCUGCUAUUUCCUCCUGGAUGCACUCGCAUCACCUCAAACUCAACCUCUCUAAAUCUGACCUCCUUUUCUUUCCCUCCUCCUCCCCCUCCUCUGAUCUCUCUAUCUGUUCCUCUGGAAUCUACCACACUCUCUCCCUCUUCCUCUGCUAAGAACCUCGGAGUCACCCUGGACCCCUGCCUCUCUUAUUCCCAGCACAUCUCCACUCUGGCACGCACUUGCCGAUUCUUCCUGAGCAACAUCCGAAGAAUCCGACCCUUCCUCACUAACUACGCUACCCACCUCCUGGUCCAGGCCCUGGUACUCUCCCGCCUAGACUACUGCAACUCCCUCCUGGCUGGCCUCCCUGCGUCCGCCACCCGUCUGCUCCAGCUCAUCCAGAACUCUGCUGCCCGCCUGGUGUUCUCUCUGCCUCGCUUCGCCCACGAUACUCCACUACUCCGCUCACUCCACUGGCUCCCGAUCACCGCUCGCAUCCAGUUCAAGACUCUUGUACUAGCCUACAGAUGCCUUGACCAGACUGCACCCAGCUACCUCCAGACCCUCAUCUCUCCUUACACCCCCACUCGACCUCUCCGCUCCGCCUGCACUAGAAGACUGGCUCUACCUCCGCUACGCUCCCCUGCCUCCAGAGCCCGCUCCUUCUCCACCCUUGCUCCGCAGUGGUGGAAUGACCUUCCUACAGAUGUCAGGACUGCCCAGUCCCUGACCACAUUCCGGCGCCUCCUUAAGACUCACCUCUUCAAACAGCACCUGUAGAACUCCUCUGUUUGUAUCCUGGGACACUAUCACCCUUCAUUUAAAUGUGCUUUAUUUUGCUCUUAUCUGCCCCCUAUUUUACUGCAUUUAAUCCUGUACUUCAGAAUACUGUAAUCUGCCUAGUGUUUAACCUGUAGUAUUUUGUAUUUAAUCAUAUCCUGAUGUAACCAUCACUAUUUAAUCAUAUCCUGAUGUAACUAUCACUAUUAUCUGCUGUAUUAUUGAAUUGUGGUUUGUCACACUUGUACUUUGCUUGAACAAAAGUUAUUGUAUUUCUUGCUCUUAUUGUAUUACUUGUAUUGUAACACUUGAAAUGUAUUUGCUUACGAUUGUAAGUCGGCCUGGAUAAGGGCGUCUGCUAAGAAAUAAAUAAUAAUAAUAAU